AAUAAUACAGCAGCCACCAACAAAUUGACAGAUAAAAACCAGACUUCAAAGUGACAGUGAAUUGAAUAAAUAAAUAAAACUAAAACAAAUUAAUUUUUCUAUACAAUAAACACAAACAAAAAUAUGUUCAUCAAAUUUAAUUUAUAUUUUCUUUUAAAAUAUUUAAUAGUACUUAUAUUUUUAAUAUUUACAAACGUAUAUUCGCACGAUGUCGAAAAAUAUGCUUUUCUUAUGCCUAACGUUAUACCAUAUCGGCCGGAACUAUACCUGUGCACACCGAUCAGGGUCGAUACAUUCAACAGCUAUUAUAUAGUGGGCUUUGAACCGAAUUCAACAAUGGAAACUGCCCACCAUAUGUUACUUUAUGGCUGUGAAAAUCCCGGUAGUGAAAAACCUGUAUGGAAUUGUGGGGAAAUGGCGAAAAAUAGUGAAAUGGAAGAAACUUAUACGCCAUGUAAAAAAUCAACACAGAUAAUGUAUGCCUGGGCAAGAGACGCUCCAAUGUUAAAAUUGCCGGAAGGCGUUGGUUUCAAAGUCGGCGCCAAAUCAAAAAUUAAAUAUUUAGUUUUGCAAGUACAUUAUGCAAAUAUCAAUCAAUUUCAAGAUGGCAACAGUGAUAACUCUGGAAUAUUCUUACAUUAUACAAAACGGCCAUUGGACAAAUUAGCUGGUGUCAUUUUGUUGGGUACUGGAGGUAAAAUCAAACCAUUAGCAACUACACAUAUGGAAGCCGUAUGCACCUUAACAGAAAAUAAAACUAUCCAUCCAUUCGCGUACCGAACUCAUACGCACAGUUUAGGACGUGUGGUUGCUGGCUAUCGUGUCCGGGAAGAUGAAAAUGGUAUCGAUCAAUGGACUUUGUUAGGAAAACGAGAUCCAUUAACACCACAAAUGUUUUAUCCCGUAGUGGAUACGGAUCCAAUACGUAAGGGUGAUAAAUUGGCUUCACGAUGUACAAUGGUUAGUGCAAGGACUACGAUCACUCAUAUUGGUGCAACGCAAGAGGACGAAAUGUGCAAUUUUUAUUUAAUGUAUUGGGUCGAUAGUGGCUCAACAUUAGACAUGAAAUACUGUUUUAACAACCAAGGUCCACCAUUCUACUGGUACAAUUUAGAUGAUCGUCUAAACCGGAUACCGGACAAGGAUGCAUCGUCAUUAGAUUGAAAAAUAAUUCCACAAUUUAAAAUCUAUGUUUCAAAAAUUAAAUCGCAUAAAAAAUUUGAUUUUUCAAACAUACAAUGAAAAUUUGUGGAAGAACUUAACAACACUACUUACGAAGAGUGGCCCUAAAAAACAAAUUAAUUUAUAACAAAACGACAACAAUAUAAGCCUUUUUUUGUAAAUCAAAAAAAUAUUUUAAACUAUUGUAAAUAAUUAACUCAGUCUAUAUCUUAAAAAAUGAAAAUAUUUUGUUGUGUAGGGCAUAAAGGUGCACUCGUUACGAAAAUUUAUUAGGCUAAAUUUUUCUUUGUCUCUUCUAAAAAGAUCAUCAAAAUAAAAUACAUACAAAAUAUUGAAAAAUAACCUCCUUUGCCACCGAGGGUGCCAAAAAAUGACUCUCAUAACCAAUAAACUAAGAAAACUAAAAUAUUUGAUAUUCCACGCAUUAAAAAAAUUUUUGUAUCCCGAAUUAAUGCAAAUUUUUUCAUUUUAUUGUAAUACUUUCGGGAUACAAAAACGUCUUUAUUGCGUCAAUAUUUCCAAAAAUAUUUCCAACGGAUGGCAUAAGUUUGUCGUUCAGUUUGUUAAUGAUCUCUCUAAAAACACCAAAUAAAAAAAUCUAGUCGAGCAAAAUUUUCGUAAUGAGUGCGCUAAUAUGCCCUAUACUAAGUCAAUUGUAUAUUUUAAAAGAAAUAUUAUAGAUUUACAUUUUAAGUGAAUGUAAAAAAAACGUUUUUAUUUUUUAAUGUCCAUACAAUUACUUUGAUUUUGUGACCUUAUUAUGACAGAAAUAAUCUAUUUUUGAUAGAAUACACGAUUAUUGAUGUUUCUAUUUACGACGUGACGUAACAAUACACUAAUGGCGUCCAAUGUGCGGCCUUUCAUUCAAUCAAUAGGCUUUUCCACUUUAAUAACACAAUAUACCAAUAAUCGUAAAGUAUUGGAUAGAGGAAAAUUUUUUUUACGGAAAAGUUUGAAUUAAGAAUGUGGCUAUAAAACAUUUGGAUCAAAAAUGGCGGCAAUUAGAAAAUGACAUUAAUUGUAAAAUGAUGUUUUUAUUAAUGCACACAGUUUUUCGUUUUUAUUUUCAUUAGCAGAUGGCGGGCAUGACCCCUUAAUAUGAUAAAUAAUUUAAAUGUAUUUCUGUUUUUUAGGAAAUUCUUGAUUUGUGAAUGUCAAAAUAAGUUGAAAUAUCUUUAAAAAUCAAAAAAACUGCAUUUAAAUUAUUUAUUUUAUUAAUUCAGUCAUGUCUGCCAUCUAGUAGUGAAAAUAGAAACGAAUAUAUGUAUACAUAAUAAGAACAUGUCAUUUUUCAGUAUUUCGCGCGCAAUUUUGAAUAAAAAUAUGACUUUAUCAGUGUUUUAACCAAGAAAUUUUCAAUUUAUGUUUUUACCAGUCUGGCAUAUGUUGUUUCAAUAUAUUUUCAGCGUUCAAUCGAGACCCCCUGAUAUGUUUGCCAAUGUUGCGCAACUGUAUAUUGUUACGUCACUGAUAAAAUUUUGUGUAUACACCUAUAUAUAUUUUUUAUGUUGUUUAUUGUGAACUUUUAACUU